CCUCUUCCUCAGCAGCGCAGCUCCUCUGUCACUACGAAACAAACUCAGCGGCAGAAGAUCUCUCCCCUGAUGUAUUCUGGGUGUGGGAAUCUUUCCCGGACAUUUGCAUCACUCACUCAUCAAAGAUUUUGUGUUGCUAAGCGUUUUUGCACAAAGACUGCUUCCUGCUCCUCUACAUAUAGGUUUUCAGUCUCUUCAAGCCCCUAUUCACCUCCUCACAGUCACGUCUUUACAAGCAGAAGAAUUUCACCACGUCUGAAUCCUUCCCCUCAUUGCUUAUUUUCCCGCUGCCUCUCUGAUUCUGCUGGCCGGAUGGAUUUGAAAGACGUGCUGCAGGUGUUGGAGCAGCUGGCUCCUCUGUCACUCGCCGAGUCUUGGGAUAACGUCGGCUUGUUGGUCGAACCGAGCAAACCCCGUCCUGUUAAAACCGUCCUGCUCACCAACGACCUGACGGACGCUGUCAUGGAGGAAGCGGAGGCCAUGAGCUGCGACCUCAUCAUUUCAUAUCACCCGCCUUUGUUUCGACCGAUCAAACGCCUCGUUCAGAAAGACUGGAAGCAGCGAUUAGCCGUCCGGGCCGUGGAGGCUGGCAUCGCAGUCUUCUCCCCUCACACUUCAUGGGACAGUGUAAAAGGAGGAGUGAAUGACUGGCUGGUGGGGGGACUUGGGAGCGGUCGGGUGUCCGUGCUGAGUCAGGCCCGCGGCAGCGCCAUCCAGAGUAACAAGUUGGAAUUCAUGGUGAGGAGCCCAGAGGAGCGGAGCGCCGUCCUGGAGGAGCUGAGGGCUUGUGAUGCUGGAACAACACUGCAGACUUCAGCCAGCAGACCAGAAGAUGGUGGCGUCCUGGUCAGUAUAACCUGCAGUGACUCGGCUCUGACCCCAGCUGUCCAGACGCUGUUAAAGCACAGCACGGCCAGCCAGUCUCUGAGCAUCAUGAAGUUAGAAAAGCCGCCUCUCCCGGGUCACGGCCAAGGUAGGAUGAGUGUUUUAGACGAGCCCGUAACUGUGGAAGCAGCCAUCCAGAAAAUGAAGUCCCACCUGAGUCUGAGUCACCUCCGUUUGGCUCUGGGAUGGGGAAAAACACUGGAGUCGUCUGUGAGCACGGUGGCGGUGUGUGCCGGCUCCGGGGCGUCAGUGCUGAGCGGAGUCAAGGCAGACCUCUACAUCACAGGUGAGAUGUCCCACCAUGAGGUGCUGGACGCUGUGGCCAAAGGAACCAGCGUCGUCCUCAGCGACCACAGUAACAGCGAGCGAGGGUUUCUCUCCAUUUUCAGGGAGCGGUUAGCCGUACGUCUUCCCGCUGUUGUGACAGUGGCGGUAUCAAAAGCUGACAGAGAUCCUCUGGAGGUCGUCUGACCGUUUGACUUGCAGUAGCACUUAAUCCUGUUCAUUUUUUAUUGAUUUAAAUGAAUAAAACUUGACUGUCUCCCAUUUCUCAGUUCUAUGUUC